AUGAACGACCUACAGGAGUCUCUUGGUGUUCUUGUCAUAUCGAUUUUCCCAAAUCAUCCCAUUAUGAGUUCAUCCGAAAAGGGUUCGUCACCUGAGGACAAAGAACUCAAGGAUGUCGCAUGGAUUUGCGGACUGUUCGCUGUGUUGUUCGCCUUACUGAUAAGAUACUUUUCUGGGACUACGUUUAUACUGCCUCCAAUAGCAGCCUUCAUAUUCCAUCAGUUCUAUUGGAGGAGACGAAAUCUUCCACCUGGACCAGUUCCUCUCCCACUUAUUGGGAAUACCCUAUCGGUACGUUUGAACUUGAAGAUCGAUAUGAGAAAUCCAGCGAAAACGUUCAGUUCAUGGCAUGCCCUCUAUGGGCCAAUCUACACUGUAUGGUUACCACAUCCAAUGAUAGUUAUGGCGAGCCACGAAGUGCUCAAGGAAGCGCUUAUCCGCCAAGGUCCUGCAUUCGCUGGUCGCCCUUCCGGUUAUAUAUGGUCAAUGUUCACGAAAAAUCCUGAGCAUGGAGAUGGUAUCAUCCUGUGCGAAGGGGAACGGUGGGAGCAUAUUCGCGAAUUUGCCCACAAAAUAUUCAGAAACUUUGGUCUUGGUCGAACACAGAUGGAGGAGAAAAUCAUGGACAAUAUCAACUAUAUGAUUGCACAUAUUGAUGGGAAAUUGCAAGGAAAUAAGAAAAUCUCGCUCGAUCUCGACGAACCGAUCUCUCUCUGCGUGGCCAACAUCAUUCAGGACUUUGUGUUGGGCAAAUCCUACGAAUUUGGUGAUCCACAAUUUCGCAAAUUCAAAAGCCUCAUUGACGCUGUAUUGGCCGACGUUGCUUCGAAACCAGUGCAACUCGUAAACGCUUACCCGAUUCUGGCUUAUCUUCCUAUUCCAGCUCUCAGACGAUACAAGGAGAACGGAUUCGCACUGCAGAGGUACUUUCUGAAUGUAAUUCGAGAGCACAAGGACCGGCUGCUGAUGGAUGGCGAACCCCGUGAUUUUAUGGAGGCCUUCUUGAGAGAAAUGGCACUCCAGCGCGAUAAUCCUCAUUUCAACGAAUUCACCUUGGCUUUGGCAUCCGGUGACCUUUGGACUGGUGGAAUGGAAACCACCGUGACUACACUACGAUGGGGCUUCGCUUACCUUUUGUAUCAUCCAAGUGUUCAGAAAAAAUGUUAUAACGAAAUCUACCAGAAGCAUCCACGAACUAUAACCAUCUUAUUAGAUAUGUGGUUCAACAGGACAACCGAAGACGUUGAACUACUAGGAUUCCGUCUUCCAAAAGGCACAGUGGUCUUGCCCCAGUAUGGAACUGUUCAUCACGACUCACGCUACUUCCCUGAGCCAGAAAAAUUCAAACCGGAAAGAUUUCUUGACGGAGAUGGCUGUUUCAAAAGAAGACCCGAAAUGAACCCGUUUGGAAUGGGAAAACGAACAUGUCUGGGUGAGAAUCUCGCACGAUACGAACUCUUUCUACUGCUCACCACAUUAAUACAGAAGUACGAGUUCCUGCCGAUAGAAGGAGAACCGCUCCCAUCCUUACAACGGAGUCUAGGAAUAACAAAUGUGCCAAUGAACUACAAAUGUAUGGUUGUCCCAAGAAAACCAUCGGUUGCGGUCUGA